UGGACGGUGAGGGAGCUUGAAUCACCGAUCAACACAACCCACCAUGGCAACACAGCGCCGUCUCCUCCCGCUAGAAUUGAUCGACAAGUGUAUCGGAUCUCGCAUCUGGAUCAUCAUGAAAGGCGACAAAGAAUUCGUGGGAACGCUGAGAGGGUUCGACGACUACGUCAACAUGGUCCUUGACGAUGUUAUCGAAUACGAAAUCACGCCGGAAGGCAAGCGCAAGGUCAAGGUUGACCAAGUUCUCUUGAACGGAAACAACGUGUGUCUGCUAGUGCCUGGUGGAAACCCCGAAGAAGAAAAUGCCUAAGUUUGAUAUGCUCCACGCAACGUCGCGGUGGACGCUCAUGCUACGUGAGUUGUCCGAAGCACGUUUCCAAGUUCUAACUGAGCGUCAAUGCAGCAGCAAGUUUGAUUCUA